CUCGCAGUCUGGUGGAGCUGCACACAAGGAUUAGAGGGUUGUUGUGAGUGUCUGCUCAAAGAGUGGGAGCCAGUGGACAGAAACAGAUAAAAAAAAAAAUUAAAAAAAACUCUCCAUCAAGAGGAUAGCCUUGUUAUACCGGAUAAGUGCUCUGAUUUUAUUUCACCCUGCCUCUACUUCUCAUCACAGUCGAGCUGAAGGGUCUUCACCUGGGGGAGGACAGAUAAGCCAGUCAACUAUACAGCUUGGAUUUUCGCACGGGGAGCCAUGUGAGCUGCACUCCCCUCUGCCGACUUCACGCAACAGAACUGCCCCAACAGUCUGCACUCCCAAGACCCAGGAGCACAACUAGGAUUUGCCCACCUUUCUCUCCCUGGAACCUCUACUUUCAGCGCUUGCACACCUCAGCGGAGGACACCUUUCUUGGGGUCGGGCUCUGAGUGGCCCCCUGGUCUGGAGGCCAGACAGCAGCACUCCAGCACCAUGGAUUACCUGCUUCGGACUGUAGUGCUGCUGUGCUUCACGUUGCAGCCGGGGAGAGGAGCUGAUCCCAAGCACAACGUUCCCAGACUAAAGCUGUCAUUCAAGGAAAUGUUAGAAUCCAGUAACCUCCUUACCUUUAAUGGCCUGGCAAAUAGUUCGGGCUACGACACAUUCUUAUUGGACGAGGAGCGAGGGAGACUGCUGGUUGGAGCUGAGGACUACGUCUUCUCAUUCGACUUAGUCAACAUAAACAGAGACCACAAACAGAUUGCGUGGCCCGCCACCCCCUCCAAGAGGGAUGAAUGCAAGUGGGCAGGGAAGGAUUCGGCAAAGGAGUGUUCUAAUUUCAUCCGGGUCCUUCAACCGUAUAACCAGACCCAUCUGUACAUCUGUGGGACAGGAGCCUUCCACCCCAUCUGCGCUUAUCUGGAAAUGGGCAAAAGAGCAGAGGACAACAUAUUCCGACUGGCCUCCCAAUUUGAGAACGGCAGAGGGAAAAGCCCCUACGACCCCAAAAUGCUUUCAGCGUCACUCCUGCUUGAUGGAGAGCUGUACUCUGGAACGUCUGCUGAUUUCAUGGGAAGGGACUUUGCCAUUUUCCGUACCCUCGGAGAUCAUCAUCCAAUCAGAACAGAGCAGCACGAUUCACGAUGGCUUAAUGACCCCAGAUUUAUUGGUGUAAACCUGAUCCCUGAAAGUGACAACCCUGAGGACGACAAGAUCUUCCUCUUUUUUAAGGAGAACGCAAUGGACGGAGAGCACACCGGGAAGGCUACGAUUGCCAGGAUCGGACAACUGUGUAAGAAUGACAUGGGAGGUCACAGGAGCCUCGUGAACAAGUGGACUACUUUUCUAAAGGCUCGUCUCAUCUGUUCAGUUCCCGGGGUCAAUGGCAUUGAUACACACUUUGAUGAACUGCAGGAUGUAUUUCUCAUGAGCUCCAAGGACCCAAAGAAUCCAGUUAUCUACGCCGUAUUCACCACUUCAAGUAACAUAUUCAAAGGCUCGGCGGUGUGCAUGUACAGCAUGGCUGACAUCAGGAGGGUUUUCCUGGGUCCCUAUGCCCACAGAGACGGGCCCAAUUACCAAUGGGUCCCUUUCCAAGGGAGAGUGCCCUACCCCCGCCCUGGCACUUGCCCCAGCAAAACAUUCGGAGGUUUUGAUUCCACCAAGGACCUUCCAGACGAUGUCAUCACCUUCGCCAGGGGUCAUCCUGCCAUGUACAACCCAGUGCACCCAAUUGGGGGACGGCCCAUCAUGGUUCGAACGGAUGUGGACUACCAGUUCUCCCAGCUAGUGGUGGACAGAGUCGAAGCAGAGGACGGGCAAUACGAUGUCAUGUUCAUAGGCACAGAUAUGGGAACAGUGCUAAAAGUGGUAACGAUUCCCAGAGAGAGCUGGCAUGACCUGGAGGAGGUUGUGCUCGAGGAGAUGACCGUUUUCAGGGAGCCCACUCCCAUUACGGCUAUGGAGCUUUCCACCAAACAGCAACAGCUGUACCUCGGCUCAGCCCUGGGAGUAUCACAGAUGUCCUUACACCGCUGCGAGGUGUAUGGGAAAGCCUGCGCCGAGUGCUGCCUGGCCAGAGACCCUUACUGCGCUUGGGAUGGCGCUGAGUGCUCCAGAUACUUUCCUACCGCCAAGAGGAGAACCAGGCGACAAGACAUCAGAAACGGAGAUCCGCUCUCGCAGUGCUCAGACCUUCAACAUCACGACGACGUGGAUGGUUUGGGAGGCAGCAUAGAGGACAGGAGUGUGUUCGGUGUGGAAAACAGCAGCAUGUUUCUGGAGUGCAGCCCCAAAUCUCAAAGAGCGCUGAUUUACUGGCAGCUGCAGAGGCCCAAUGAUGACCGCAAGCAGGAGAUUAAGAUGGAUGACCGGGUGCUGCGCACAGACCAGGGUCUGCUGAUCCGCAGCCUGUCCCUGUCUGACACGGGAGUCUAUCACUGCCAGGCGGUGGAGCACGGCUUCAUUCAGCCCCUGCUGCGUCUCAACCUGCAGGUCAUCCCAACCCAGAGACUGGGGGACAUUCUGCCCGGGCUUCCCAGCGCAGGGGCCGGCGCAGGUAACUCGGCCAAGCACAGGGUCUGGUACAGAGAUUUCCUGUCUCUCUUAGACCACCCGGAGCUGAACAGCGUGGAGGAAUUUUGUGACAGAGUUUGGAAGAAAGAGCGCAAACAGAAGAAGGCGAAAGCUCCCAACAGCAACGGCAAACCUGACGGUGCCCCGAGCUCCGCGGCGCGACCCAAAGCUGCGGCCCCCACCGCUCAGAAACAGCAGGCCAGUCCGCCAAACAGCAGGCCGUGGCUUCAAGCUGGAGAUCCGGUGGGGGAGGGGCCAACUCGGAGCCAGAGCAACCAGAAAGGUCAACCGAAUCUGAGCACGGCCCCUAAAAGUGGCCCGAAGACGCAGAACGGAGCAAAGGCGCAGGGCGGGUCGCAGGUCGCGGGGGGCACUCGGGUCAGCAGCCAGCACACGGCAAAAUGGAGACGGAUGCAGGAAAACAAGAAGGGACGCAACAGGAGGACCCAUGAGCUCCAGAGACCCCCACGUAGCGUUUGAGAAAAGGAGCUGGGAUGCACACCUUCAAGCAAAUCUACACAAGCACAAAGCCAUGCAUCCGCAUCAGCUCAUACUAUGGGUUGUGAAUCCAGUAUAAUAUAAAAAAAAACAAAAACAAACAAAAAACAUCCAGCACAUUUUCUGACAUAACAUACAUGAACUACAUCCUUGUAACAAAAGCAAGACGACUGGACAGAACUUGUGAAAAGGACGAGCAGAGGAUUGAAAACCGGGAAUGCGUUCGACAAAGUUGCAAGAACACGCCUGUUUGCCUGGGAAUACAUUCUGGCAGACGCCCUUUCAAACCUCCUGUACAUAAGCUAGAAAUAUAAGACUGGGACUGAAAAAAAAAAAAAAAAGUUAAGUCACGGAUUUGUCUGACUUCUAACGCUGAUGGGACAGCCGCAGAGACGCUCAUACAUUUGCAGACAUUUUGCGCAAAGCAGAAACGAAUGAUCCGCUGCGACCUGCUUCCACGUGUGAACUUGAUACACUAGGAAAGUGGUUGGAAAAGUCGUAUUCUGAAGAACUUUGUAAGGAGAAGAGCAGAGCAGCAACAGCGCCCUCAAAGCGGGAAAGAGAAGGGUUCACCUCGACGUGUGCACGGCUUGCACCAGUAGUCUUCAAACGAAGAAGAAAAAAAAA